UCUUCUCUUCAACAAUAACGACUAACGACAAAACUCUAAGCAAAAUCAAACAUUACCGGAUCUACAUCCAGUUAUUCACUUUAGAUUGUUAAAAUACAGUUAUUUUUUGUGCAAUAUUUUCAGUGCUCCUCAACUUUUCCUGCACUUUUACCGACCUGUCAAAUCAUCGAGGGGCCGAGGGAUGAGGGUUGGAGCAGGUUUGGUUGCAGAGGAAACGGACUAUUGUCCCAUCGCGAUAGGUGCUUUCAGCUAAUGCAAAGACUGCCUCCAGACACUUUUAUAAAACAAACUUGAAUUCUUGUCACAUGUUCGUUGAGGACUAUUGAGGAACGUCUGUAAUUACUGUAGAAUCAACGGGAUGUCUGGAAGGCCACAUUGUAGCGAGUUGCUGGACGUCGACCCAGACGAAGCUUCUGAAGAGCUGACAGAGGUGGUGUGUCUGGAGUCAGAACUAAAGGACGGACAGAUGAUGGAGGUGGAGGUGGGACUUCACAAUGUUCUGUUGGUACGGAGUGAAGGCAUAUACAGCGCCAUCGGCAACCAGUGUACACACUACGGAGCUCCCUUGAGCAAAGGGGUUCUAUCAGGGCACAGGGUGCGAUGCCCGUGGCACGGUGCCUGCUUCAACAUCCAGACAGGAGACCUGGAGGAAUACCCUGGCAUGGACUGUCUACCCUGUCACACGGUGAAAGUCGAAAACAACAAAGUGUAUGUGUCCGUAAACAAAAAGGCAGCGAGACAGACCAAACGAAUAAAGAGUAUGGGAUCCAGAGUAGAAGGUGUCAUCCACACCAUCCUACUGCUCGGGGGAGGGUCUGCGUCGUUAGUGUGUGCGGAAACUCUGAGACAGGAGAACUUUGGAGGCAGAAUCAUCAUGGUAACGAGGGACAACCUUCUGCCCUAUGACAAAACACGACUCAGCAAGGUAAUGAAUGUGGAGGAUGACAGCAUUUUGCUGAGGAGGAUGGAGUUCUUCCAUAAACACGACAUCGAGGUGUGGCUCCGCAAAGAGGCCAUGUCGUUGGACACAGAGAAGAAGAAAGUAACAUUUGAUGACGGUUCAGUCCAGAGCUACGACCAGCUCCUCAUAUCCACAGGCUGCAGAGCGAAGGGUCUGGAGUGUCCAGGUAAAGACCUGGAGAAUGUAAAGAUGCUGGAGACACCAGAGGAUGCAAGGCAGAUACAUGUUGCCUGUAUGGGCUGUCAUAUCGUGAUCGUGGGGACAUCCUUCGUUGGCAUGGAGGUGGCAUCCUAUAUGACAGACAAGGCCUCCAGCAUCACAGUGAUUGGCAGCAGUGAGCUACCCUACCAGAAGACCUUGGGCCCUGAGAUUGGCAAGGUCACCAUGAUGAUGCUUGCAGAGAAGGAUGUGGCGUUUUAUAUGAAUGACAAUGUGUCAGAGGUCCGCGGAGAGAACGGAAAGGUAAAAGAGGUUGUGCUGAAGAGUGGGACAGUCAUUCCUGCUGAUGUUUUAAUAGUUGGCAUAGGUGUGAUCCCUAACUCAGAGUUCCUGCAGGGUACUCCCAUAGCGAUGGACUCUAAGAGCUCAGUCAUAGUGGACAAGUGCAUGAGGACCAAUGUUCUUGAAGUGUUCUGUGGAGGAGACCUGGCUACCUUCCCCCUGACAAUGGCCAAAGACCAGAGGGUCAAUAUAGGACACUGGCAGAUGGCACAGGCACACGGGAGAGUAGCAGCCCUGAACAUGCUGAAUAUACCCACUGAACUCAACUCUGUCCCUUACUACUGGACCGUCCUACUGGGGAAGAACAUCAGAUACACAGGCUAUGGGGAAGGAUACACUGACAUCGUGGUAAAAGGGAAAGUGGAGGAACAAAAGUUCCUGGCCUUUUAUAUCAAGGAUGAUGAGGUAAUAGCAGCAGCCAGUCUGAACUAUGACCCAGCUGUUUCUGCUGUGGCCGAGAGGUUCGCUGCAGGAAACACCAUCACUAAGAAAGAGGCUGAAUCUGAUGACCUGAGGUGGCUGAAGCUGAAACUGUCCUGAUCAUCCCUCCUUCCACUCAUCCGUCUCAACAUCACUUCAUCUCCGACACACAAACACAGAAUGUCCCCCCUCUGUCCAUCUCUCCCUCCCUCCUCCUCCUCAGGCAUCCCUCCUCAUCCCCUCUCUCUUCCCCUUCUUCUGGAGAACAAGUCGUCUGGCUGGAGGCUCGACAGACACAGAAGAGACCUAUCAGAAGAGGGCGACGUGACAUUUCUGAGUUAUAACCAGUAGUGUAGUGGAGGGUAAUCGCAUGUAAACGCCGUAUAUGCACUUUUUAUCAUUUUGUGCGAGCGUUUACUCACCUUUUGAAGAUAAAUGCAUAGAAAGUGCACGGAGCGUUACUUUACUCACUGAUAACGGCGAUCAGCACCUAUUUUACCACGACAUCACUUGUUAUGACAUCAGACGUAUAGCAGGAUGACACGCAACAGUUUGUCUGUUCUGUUCUUAGCCAGUUUGUUUAAAGGUGGGGGGAGACAGAAAAAAACAGUGAUACCUCAGACAAACAGAUUUUGUGGGUUUCAUUUUUCAUUUACAAGGAUGAGUUUUAUAUGUUCUCCGUUUUGGGGAAACUACAUGGUCAUGAUGUCGCCAAUGCCCACCUGUUGAUGUAGACAUUUCUUACUUCACAUUUUGAAAAUGGAGAAGAAGAGAUGACAGAAAGGUAGCCGUGUGUGUUCUACUGUAGAUAUGGUAGUCAUGGUAGCUACCCACUGGGCACACACUAGUUGAAUCAAUGCUGGUCAAAAUGAGAUGAAAGUAGUCCCGGUUGAUGAUUUUUUUAAAAUCCAAUGUAUUUUCCACGUUGAUUCCACGUCACAAUACGUUGACCAAUUACGUUGAAACAAUGUUGAUUCAACCAGUGUGUGCUCAGUGGGUAGUGUUCUACUGUUGACACGAUAGCAACAUGAUGACAUGCCAGGUUGGAAGUCAUGGUAGCUGGUGUUCUACUGUCGUUACGGGGGUCACAUGACAGGUUGGUAGUCAUGGAAGCUAGUGUUGUACUGUCAACAUGUCAACCAGUGGUGGUGGCAUAGUCUGAGUUUACGCUUACUUUGGGUUCCAUGGAAGGGGUUGCUAGGUAGGCCGUUGCCGGGGUAGUGGAAAAACACAGGUGACCUUAAUGGCCACUGUGGCUAUGUGGAUGGACCAAUCAGAACGCUGUUUGGGGGAUUAGAGGGACAGAAGGCCAGGGCCGAGGUCUUUGAGGCAGGGAUGCUGAAUUAGGCAACCUGAACAAAACAGGCUGCAGAGAGAAUAAUAGACAUGGACAAACACAACACAAAAAGAUAACACCAAAAUGCUUUCAAAAGAACUGCUGUGCUUCUCUCUCACCCAUCUCUCUUUCUAUCUCUUACAUCUCCCUCUCACCACACUGGGCACACUAGGUCGUUUCAACGUUGAUAAUUGGGUAAUAUUUGGUUGAGAUGUUGAUCAAUGAGUUUACAAUCUAUAUUUGUUGAAUUUCCAAUGUGUUAUCACUAUGCUUUCAACCAUCUAAAAGCACAACCUAAUUCCAAUUUUUUGUUUAUUUAUAAAACAGAUGAAUGAAUGUGUUAUCAUUGUUCUUCAUCUAAUAUCUGAACCACAUGACCUGGGCCUGGUUUCCCGAUAGCAAUGUAAUUUAGGCAUAUGAGUUUUAAUGAUGCAUUGUUCCAACAACGUCCCGAAGAUGUAACAUGCGUUUCCCAAAAUACCACGCAGAGAGAGCGUUCGCUAAGUGCGUUGUUGAGGCACAGGCCUACAGUCCAAACUAAUAGGAUCAAAAGAAAGUUAGCGCGGCUCUCGGAUCAGCUUUCUCCAUUCAAAUCUUACUUUAACAUGCACAUUUUUGAUGGGUCAGCUCCUAGAAAGAUAUUAUCACCUAUGACUGCAACUAUUAGCCUACCCCAGUGGUCGCCAACCGGUCAAUUCAAAUCAAAUCCAAUCAAAUUUAUUGGUCACAUACACAUGGUUAGCAGAUGGUAUUGCGGGUGUAGCGAAAUGCUUGUGCUUCUAGUUCUGACAGUGCAGCAAUGUCUAACAUGUAAUAUAACAACUCCUCAACAACUACCUAAUACACAAAAAUCUAAGUAAAGGAAGGAAUAAGACUAUAUAAAUAUAUGGAUGAGCGAUGACA